AUGGGACGCAUAGCCGAUUUCCUAGGCGCCCCGCAAUCUGUUGUUCGACGCAGGCCAAACCAGGUUAUAAUCCAGGGAGAAGAACAAACGAUAGAUCAGGUUCGACCACAAAGGCAAGCCCCCGACGAAAGAGUCAUGGGGGCAAGAUUGGAACAACAUCCAAUUCGACAGGAAGUCCCUGAAGAACAACCUAGGAGACCGAUAAUGGUUAAUAGAGACCAGGAUGCAGACAAAGUAAUUCAUAGGGUCAGGCGGGAAAACAUGAUGGAAAAUGACUUAACCAGUAUGAUAGAGAGAAUCAUGGCCCAAAAUGGUCUGAAUACAGGACUUCGACGGCCAAAUUAUUCCUCUCCUUUAUCAGAAUAUGUCCUGCAAACAGAAUUACCAAGGGGUUGUAAAAUCCCUAAGUUCACCAAAUUCUCAGGGGACACUAGUGAAUCCACUAUAGAGCACAUAGCCAGAUACAUGACUGAGGCAGGGGAUUUGGCGAAUAGUGAGAACUCAAGGAUGAAAUAUUUCCCUAGUUCUUUAACAAAGAACGCCUUCACAUGGUUUACAACUUUGCCACCAAAUUCCAUAGAUGCUUGGCCCCAGUUAGAAAGAUUAUUUCAUCAACAAUUCUACAUGGGCCAAACUAAGAUAAGUCUUAAGGAAUUAGCCAACAUCAAAAGAAAAUUCACCGAAUCUAUAGAGGAUUAUCUGAAUAGGUUCCGUUUGUUGAAAUCUAGAUGCUUUACAAUAGUGCCUGAACACGAGUUGGUUGAAAUGGCCGCUGGAGGUUUAGACUAUUCCAUCAGAAAAAAGUUAGAUACCCAACAUCUAAGAGACAUGACCCAAUUAGCAUAUAGGGUUCGACAGGUCGAACGCUUAAAAUCUGAAAAGGCUAGAGCGAAUAAGAAUUAUAAGAAAGAGAGGGUUGCUUAUGUCGAAUUCGAAGACGGAGAGACUGAAAUCGCUGAAGACCCUUAUGGUCUUGAGGAAUUCGAAGUAGAUUUGGCAAAAUUAAAAGAAGCACCACCUUAUGCCUGCAAAUUACUUACACCUUCGAACGGAAGAAACCCUGUCGAAACUGAAAAGAAUGAUAGAUUCCCCAAAAAGACUUACACAUUUGAUGUUACCAAAUGUGACGAGAUCUUCAAUUUAUUAGUAAAAGAUGGCCAAAUGAUAGUGCCUCCUAAUACCAAAAUUCCUCCGUUAGAACAACGAAAGAAAAGAGGCUUCUGUAAAUAUCACAAUUUUUUAGGCCAUAAAACUUCACAAUGCUUUCUUUUCAGGGAUCUUAUUCAGAAUGCAAUCAAGGAUGGCCGCCUAAAGUUUGCUGAUAAAGGGAAAAACCAGAUGAAAGUUGAUACUGAUCCCCUUAACAUUGUUGAGACAAACUAUGCUGAACCGGUCGAAAUCAACAUGAUCGACGUAGGGGAAGUGGAGGCUGUAAAAGCAACAGGAACUGGAGGCUAUACGCUGGAUGGAAAGCAGGCUACUGAUGACCUAAGUAACGAUGUUUCCUUUGGAAUCUCUGUCAAAGGUAAACAGGUUGCUAACGUCGAACUAGGGCCACUGAAGGUCUUAAGGGGAAAGCAACCGAGGCUACUGAGGGCCUAA